AUGAGAGGGACGUAUGCGGCAAAGACAGAAGCCAUCUUGACGCAGCACCAUAGGCGGGAGGUGUCCCCAAACCAGUGCAGCUCGAGGCUGACGCAGACCAUUGGGGCGCCAAUGGGGUUGGUCUGGUCCAUGGUCCGGGACUUCGGGCAGCCCCAGGCGUACAAGCGGUUCGUGAAGAAUUGCUUAAUGCGGUCGGGCGACGGCGGCGUCGGCAGCGUCAGGGAGGUCCGCGUCGUCUCGGGGCUGCCGGCGGGGGUCAGCGUCGAACGACUCGAGAGGCUCGACGACGACGCGAGGGUCAUGUCGUUUAGCAUAAUUGGAGGGGACCAUAGGCUGGAGAACUACCGGUCGACGACGUCCGUUCAUGAGGAGGAUGAUCUUGAUCAUGAUCAUGAUCAUGAUCAUGAUAGAAUUACGGAGAAACGGACGGUGGUGAUCGAGUCGUACGUGGUGGAUGUGCCAUCCGGGAGUAGCGAAGAGGACACUUGCGCCUUUGCGAAUACGAUCAUAAGGUGUAACCUCAUGUCAUUGGCUAGGAUUGCUGAAAAAAUUGCUGCUGGCUCAUGA